AUGCCACCUUCAUCACAAAAGAAUUCAACAACAACAACAACAACUUCUUGCUUUGAUAAUGCAAACCAAUCUGCAACCGAGCCUGUUGCUAGUACCAAGGUUGAUCUCAAGGAAGAACAAGAGUCUACAACUCAAGUAACGAUGCCCACUGACGACACUGUGAGUGAACGUAUGACACAAAUUGAUGAUCUCAAGUACUUUUUGGCGACGGCACCUGACAACAACAGCAAUGUUGGAUGGCAAGUUGUGGAAACCAAUAGCUCGAUCAAGCGCUUCCGACUCCCUGUUGUCAACGAGGAUAUCAGCUGUGUGCUUUGGGAUGAUUUCUUUUUCAUGACGGGCACCGAUAUCGUGAGAUCAUUGACUUUUCGAUUCCAUGCCUUUGGUCGUCCAGUAACCAAUGCCAAAAAGUUUGAGGAAGGCAUCUUUAGUGAUCUACGCAACCUCAAACCCGGGAUGGAUGCUCGUCUUGAAGACCCAAAAUCGGAUUUACUUGAUUUGCUUUACCGCCACAAUUGUAUUCGCACCCAAAAGAAGCAAAAAGUCUUCUUCUGGUUCUCGGUGCCGCAUGAUCGAUUAUUCCUGGAUGCAUUGCAGCGUGACCUCAAGCGUGAAAAACUUGAUAUGGAACCAGCUACCACUGCUGUUGCUGAACCUGCCACUUCCAUCUCACUUGAUUCGUCUAUGGAUCUAUUUGACAAGUUGCGAAAGGCUAUGGCACAAGCUGCUGCUGCUGAAGAUACCACCUCCACCUCCACGCAUGUCGAUUCUUCAACUGGAUGCAUUGGCAAUGAUUGUACGCCAACACGCUUCAAUGAUAAUGAUCAACAAGAACAUGGAGUACGUCGACAUGGUAGUACAGUGUUGACAGCACGAGCCAGUGGCAAUGGGCGAAUCGUGAAACCGAUACCAGCAUCACGACGUAUGACUGAAGCUGAUCUUUCCAAGAAACGGGCAUUGUUUGGUGCAUUGGAAUUGUUUGAUGGAUCACCCAUGUACAAGCAACGUCGUCGUCGCCAUCGAUCAGCAUCAACAGCAUUUCAUGCAGCUGCAUCAUCAUCAUCAUCAUCAGCAUCAUCCCCAUUAGCAAUGAUGGAGACGCCACACCAUUGGCGAUCAACAACGACCCCCUGUGAUUGGAUGAUGGAACAACCUCGAGCAUAUACUUGCCCUCAUUGUGGAAAUCCUUUCCAACAACUCGAGUUGCUUGACGCUCACUUGAGAUCACACGAGCGAGAGCAACCCUUUGUUUGUUGCCUAUGUGGAAAACGCUUUGUCUGUCAAUAUGGCCUAGCUGAGCAUCAACAUGUUUUCCACCCAUUCGACAGCUGCUGUUGUUGUUGUUGCUCCUGGAGUCCAGAUGCAGCUCCCAUUCCACACCCACAACCACAACAGCCACCCUCUGCUGUUGCUGCUGCUGUUACAACGCCCAUGCUUGACGAAGAUGCAUCUUCUCUUGUCACAUCACCUUGUACCCCCACAUCCCUGUUUACGCCCUACAUGGAUCCCUGUUGGUCAGCUUCGGUUGCAACGCUUGCCAACAACAACAAAUCAGCCGAGUAUCCCAACAUGUGGUUCACCUCUACAACUGAUGAUUGGAUGCUUCAACAAAAUGAUUUGUUGGUUUCAUCAUCACAUCAAGAAGAACAGCAACAAGAAGAACAACAAUACCUUCCACCUUCACAAACAUCACCACCAGCAAUGGUAUCAGCAGAUUGGUCCAUUCCUCUCUUGUGA